UAUUGAUUGUCAUUGUCAUAAUACAGUGACUUUUAUCUUCCACCUCCUCUUUCAAAAAGGAUGGCAACACCAGAUCCAGAACCAGAAGAGAAAUACAAGGUGAUUAAUGAUCCCAUCCAUGGGCUCAUUAAGUUGCAUCCACUUCUCAUUAAAAUCAUUGACACACCUCAGUUCCAGAGGCUACGACACAUUAAGCAGCUUGGAGGUGUCUGCUUUGUUUACCCUGGAGCGACUCACAGCCGCUUUGAACACUCUAUCGGGACGGGAUACUUAGCAGGGAAGCUUGCAGAGAAUCUAAGAUCAAGUCAGCCAAAGCUUGAAAUCACUGAUGAGGACAUCCUUUGUGUGAAGAUCGCUGGUCUCUGUCACGAUCUCGGUCAUGGGCCAUUUUCCCACCUGUUUGAUGGUUGCUUCCUACCCAAAACAAAGAAAUCAGAAGAAAAGAAAAACUGGAAGCAUGAACAAGGCUCUUGUGACAUGUUUGACCACCUGGUGAGAAGUAAUAAACUUGAGCCGGUGAUGAAGGAAUAUGGACUGAAAGAAAAGGACAUGACUUUCAUCAAGGAGAUGUUUUUUGGACCUUUGGACACUAAAAGAAAUACAGACCAGAAGUGGCCAUAUAAUGGCAGGGAGGAGAAAAAGGCCUUCCUCUAUGACAUUGUGUCCAACAAAAGGAGUGGCGUGGACGUGGACAAGUUUGACUACCUACUCAGAGACAGCUACUAUCUCGGAAUCAAGACCAACUUUGACUACCACCGCUUCAUGAAGUUUGCCAAAGUGUUUGAGGUAGAAGGCAUGACGCGGAAGUACAUCUGCAACAGAGACAAGGAAGUCAACAACAUGUAUGACCUGUUCCAAACAAGACACUCUCUCCACAGAAGAGCCUACCAGCACAAAGUCACCCAAAUCAUACAACAUAUGAUUGCUGAGGCUUUUUUAAAAGCAGACGACCACAUCAACAUUAAAGGAUCAGAUGGGGGAAUUUUCACUCUCUCCACAGCCAUAAAUGACAUGGUGGCCUACACAAAGCUAACAGACAGUGUGUUCGAACAAAUACUCAACUCUUACAAUGAGGAACUGGCAGAGGCAAGGAAGAUUCUGGAAGACAUCGUCUCUCGAAAAAUACCCAAGUUUGUGGGUGAGACUAGGCCAAGGGCACCCAUCGAGGAUAGGGAGAGACUCAUUACUGAUUGGAAAGCAGAACUGUCUGGACACCUCCCUGAAGGGGAACCAGAGGACUUUGAAGUUUUGGUCGCUAGGAUGGACUACGGCAUGGAUGACGAGGACCCUGUGGAAAAAUUUCCUUUCUACAGCAAGUUUAAUGUUAAUGUGGCAAAGUUCAUCACUGGAGACCAGGCAACCAGGAUGGGCACAACACGCUUUUCUGAGGAGCUGGUCAGGGUCUACUACAAGAAGGCUGAUGACAUGCGUGGAUAUCUUACUGCCAAGGAGAGACUUGAUGAGUGGUGGGAGACAUUUUUAGAUUCUCAGGAAUAAGAUCCAGAGGAAUCUGCCUGAAGUUUUGAAACACAAAGACCAAACCUGCAAGAAGAAAGCAAACAUUUUCUAAUAUCACUGGUUCAUUAUGAUUUAUACUAUUUCCAUGUUGCAUAAGGUGAGGGUGUAAGUAAUCGGUAAAGACACAAUUUGUCCUAAAAUGACUAAAAGAGUAUAGAUUAUUUCAUAUUUAGACCCUGAGCACAGGUCUUCAGAGACCUGUUAUUAAUGAAAGACACACUGAAUGUUUGUUUUCGUUCACCUAUUUGGGGGUGUAAAUUAUAUGUCCCAACAUGAUACCAUAUUAAAUCAGUUGUCUGGAAAAUGAUAUGCUUACUGUUGAUGUCACACAGCUAUCAAAAUACCAUUUAUUACAAUAAAGGAGCCAGCAGUUAAUAUGA